AUGGCUCUAUCGGCCGAAGACCUGGGACGGGAGCUGGAGGCCACAGUCCAGGACGUCUUGGGUAAACUGAAGAGUCGCCAACCCUUCCAGUCUGAGUGGGACACAGCUGCUUUUGUUAUCUUCCUCACCUUUCUUGGGACUGUGCUGUUCCUGCUGCUGCUGGUUUUCAUCUGCUGCUGCUGCUGCUGCUAUGCCCCCAGGUCCCAGCAGAACCACAAGGGAGUGGACAACUAUGCCCUGGAACCAUGA